UUAUGUCAUGUGCACAUGGUGUCCAUUAUAUGCGCAUGCGCGUUGCUGCCUCGUCCUUUCUUGUUCGCCUGCCAUUUGGCGUCUGAGUUGCGAGUUUACCGUUGCCUAAAAAACUUGUAAUACACGAUGUCGGGAGGCCAAGACAUCCUGAAGCUCUCUGAGAGCGAUGUCUCCAAGAUGUUGGCUGCCGGUGUGCACCUCGGUGCUAAGAACUGUGACUUCCAAAUGAACCAGUAUGUGUUCAAGAAGAAGACCGACGGAACCAACAUCAUCAACUUGAAGAACACCUGGGAGAAGCUUCUCCUGGCUGCUCGUGUCAUCGUUGGCAUUGAGAACCCAGCUGAUGUUUCUGUCAUCACCGGAAAGUCCUAUGCCCAGCGUGCUGUGCUGAAGUUCUCUCACUUCACCGGCUCCAACUCCGUUGCUGGACGCUUCACCCCUGGUGCCUUCACUAACCAGAUCCAGAAGGCUUUCAAGGAGCCCCGUCUUCUUGUUGUGUCUGACCCCCGUGUUGACCACCAGGCCGUGACUGAGUCAUCGUAUGUUGGCACGCCAGUGAUUGCUUUCUGCAACACUGACACUUCCCUGCGUCACAUUGACAUUGCCAUUCCCUGCAACAACAAGGGUGUGCACUCCAUUGGUCUGAUGUGGUGGAUGUUGGCACGUGAGGUUCUGCGCAUGCGUGGUACCAUCAGCCGUGAGCUUCCCUGGGAGGCCACCGUCAUGCCCGAUCUGUUCUUCUACCGUGACCCUGAAGAGGUUGAGAAGGAGGAACAGGCUGCUCGUGAGGCCCAGAAAACUGCUGCUGCCGUCACAACCAGCAGCACUGAUGACUGGGGUGCAGUCGACCCGGCACCUGCUGCCGCUGCUACCACUGCUGCAGCUCCUGCUCCAGCAGCAACAUCUGCUGCUCCUGCUCCAGCUGAUGACUGGGGUGCAACUGGUGCGGGCAGUGACUGGGGUAACACCACUACCACCACUGACUGGGCUGCUGAGACUUCCUAAACAACCGUGUAAUUCAAGUUGAUUGCAACUCAAGACCACCUCCAGCUCAGGUCUUCCAGCAGUUUCAUUUCUGAAAUAAACUGUUUGGCCAAACA